CAUAUUAAACGAUGGAUCAUUUUGCAAGCUUGCAGUAAGCCCUUACAGGGGACUAGAGCUAUAAAAAUGAUUAUCAAGCAGACUGAAAAUCCCACCAAAAAUAAGGUAUAUCUUUCUAAAAAACAAGAAAAAAAAAAGCAAGAGAAAACAGUGCAAGGAGCCGGACUUAAGGUAGAAAACAAUAUUUGAGUUGGCUCUGAUAGAUCAGUAGCAGACCAAGUAAAAUGUCAUCAUUGCCAAAGCAUGCAUUUUGAGAAUCUAUGGUGGCCGGAGGUCUGAGUUAACAAGAAGAGAAUCCCUAAAAUAGAUUACCCAAUUCACCUUUGACGGCUUUCAUGCAAAAGGGAAUCCUCAAUGUUAUCACCAACCUUGCAUGUCCAUAUCUAUUGCUGCUUCGAUGUAACCAAACUCCACCCCCUCCCUCCCAAAACUUCUACAUACACUUCACAUCCCUCCGACAUAUUCAGCAACUGAAUGAAUUCAAAACUGAUUCUAUGUACAGAGCUUUGCAUAGCAUCGGUCAGGCUCCGGCUCCGGCUUCUGAACUGGGAUUUCUGACUACGAAUGCAUGGGAAAUUCCAUUAAUUGCAACUGUUUGCAGCGUCAUUAUCCUGUUCAGUUACUACAGAAUACUCAAACCUCUCUACUGCACAAAUUAUGGUGUGAUCUCUAGAAACCGAGUUGGAAGGCAGAUUCUAAACGAGGAUAAUCCUGAUGAUCCUUCCCUACAGUUUCACAGUCAUGCGCUGGAAUCUUCCAUCCUCAACUCUCUUCCCAUAUUUCAGUUUGAGAAGAGUAAGGAAGGAGAAGAAACCCAGAUAACUACAGAUUGUGCAGUUUGCUUGGGUGAGUUCGAAGAAGGGCAGUGGCUAAAACGACUUCCCAGCUGUACUCAUGCCUUCCAUGUUUCUUGCAUUGACACUUGGUUUCAGACUCACUCAAAUUGUCCGCUCUGCAGAUCACAUGUUCAUGAUCCCGCUCUGCACCAUGAAUUUGAAUCUCCUGUUUCUCAGCACAUGGUGCCGCAAAUUCUAAGGAGAGAAGACUUUUUCCAUGAAAGGGCUGCGCAUUACCAAAUCCUACAUUCCACGAUCCUAGCAACCUCUUAG